UUCUAAAGAAAAUCUUGUCCACAACAAUUGGGUCGGAUCUUGAUGAUGAUUCCAUAAUGUCCUGCUAUAUAGUACCAUACACUCUGAGACCCUAAAUAGAAAAGAAAAAAACCGUUCUCAUCUCCACUGCUUUCCACCACACAAAAAUUUAUUCGCCCACCACUCUCUCUCUCUCUCUCUCUCUCUGGUCUCUCCCUGGCUAGCUACUGUUGUGUCUGCAUGUUUGCUUGGUUGACAUGGACGACCUCACAAACAGUAAAAAUCCCAUAAAACUAGUGCCUUUUCUAAUCUUCACCGCCCUAUUAGCCAUCACUCCUGCAACUGCAGCAGGGUCUCAUGCAGACGAGUAUCAGCCGAUACCAAACCAACCAGCCGGGACAUUGCAGCCCGUCGGUACGACGGAGUAUAGGCUAUUGAUCGACGUGUUAAAAGCUCCUCCUCAUGAUCAUGAUGAUAUACAACGGCGGCAGCGGCGGCGGCGGCUGGCGCCGUACCAGCUGUGCUUGCUGUGCAAGUGCUGCUCAGCCACCACGUGUACCUCCAUGCCCUGCUGCUUCGGCAUCGACUGCCAGCUUCCCAAUAAGCCCUUUGGCGUCUGUGCUUUCGUCCCCAGGACCUGCAACUGCACCAAUUGCACAACUUCUGUUUAAAGCUUAAUAGCUUUUCUUCUUCCCUUUGAAAUUAUAUUUUGCUCUCUCUCUCUCUCUCUUUCUUUUUUUCUUCGAAAUUAUUGUUAUUGUUAAUUUGAAACUGGUGGGUUUUGAGCCGAUGGCUAAAAUACAAAUGAUGACAACCUUGCAGUGUCAGAGAGCUCUGCAAAUUAUUCGAUGUUUAGAAAUCUUAAAUCAAUAACGUCGACCUUCUUUCUCUUGUGUUCUUGUAUAAAAAUAUCAUCUUUGAAACACCCCACGUGGGCAACUUGGCUGUAUAAUAAUAUGUGCUUCAAUAUAUGUUCGCGUACUUA